GAUCUAAGAUGGUGACUGUGGAACCGGAAACCACCCCUACUACUAAUCCCCCACCUGUGGAAGAGGAAAAAACAGAGUCUAAUCAGGAGGUUGCCAACCCAGAGCACUAUAUCAAACACCCUCUACAGAACAGGUGGGCACUCUGGUUUUCUAAAAAUGAUAAAAGCAAAACUUGGCAAGCAAACCUUCGAUUGAUCUCUGUUGAAGUUUGGGCUCUAUACAACCAUAUCCAGUUGUCUAGUAAUUUAAUGCCUGGCUGUGACCACUCACUUUUUAAGGAUGGUAUUGAGCCUAUGUGGGAAAAUGAGAAGAACAAACCGGGAGGACGAUGGCUAAUUACACUGAACAAACAGCAGAGACGAAGUGAUCUCGAUCGCUUUUGGCUAGAGACACUGCUGUACCUUAUUGGAGAAUCUUUUGAUGACUACAGUGAUGAGGUAUGUGGAGCUGUUGUUAAUGUUAGAGCUAAAGGUGAUAAGAUAGCAAUAUGGAUGACUGAAUGUGAAAACAGAGACACAGUCACACACAUAGGGAGGGUAUACAAGGAAAGGUUAGGACUUCCUCCAAAGAUAGUGAUUGGUUACCAGUCCCACGCAGACACAGCUACGAAGAGCGCCUCCACCACUAAAAAUAGGUUUGUUGUUUAAGAAGACACCUGAGUAUUCUCACAGGAGACUGUGUCACGAAAUCGAGACUGGGAGCUGAACCAAAGCCUCGUCCAAGCAGAGUGGACUGCACUGAAGUUUGAUUCCGUCUUUUGUUGCUAAGAUAUAAGAGAAGUCUCGUUCGCCUUUGUCUUGUACCUCUGUGUUCAUUUCUUACCCACCCCCCAAUUUUUGCUAGUGUGUCCACUAUCCCAAUCAAAGAAUUACAGUAUCUGUCACCCCCAAACUCGCAGAUGUGUUCCUGGCCCGCACUGUAACAGCUGGUUAGAAUUACCAUGAUACACACAUUUGCCUUUCCACAGUAUUCGAAAAAGAACUUGCAUUUCUGUUACCUUAGCAGGAAAAGACCUGUUUCUGUUCCACUCCGUGCAGGAGCGUGUUUUUGCUGGUGAGAGUCUGAGUACAGUUUUCUAGCAACCUCAUUUCCUUUCCCAGCAUUCUCCUUGCUGUCCUCUUGCUGAUGGCUGCUAGAGUUUAAUUUAUUUGCUUCCCUCCUUGAUAACAUUAGUGAUUCUGAUUUCAGUUUUUCAUUUGUUUUGCUUUUGUUUUUUUCCACAUGUAACAUUGGUGAAGGAUCCAGGAAUAUGACAGAAAGGUGGAAUAAACAUUAAAUUUGUGCA